CCGCCGCCGCCACGGUGUGAGCCAUCGUGACGCCGGUUCCUGGAGAUCUGCAGCGGGAGAACACGGACGACGUCUUGCAGGACGAACAUCUCAGCGAUCAGGAGAACGCCCCGCCGGUACCGCCUAGCCGCCCCCCCGGAGAGACGGGCGUCCCCCUGGCCGGGGACACCGGAGAGGCCUGGGAAGACACGGACUUCAACCGCAACAGACUCAGGAUCAGCCUAAACAAGGGUGCUCAGGAGGAGGACUCGGGUCGAGGUGCGUGUCCAGCGUCGCCGGUCUGCGGCGGAGUCCCGGAGUCACCGACGGGUCAGGGUCGGUCGUUACGGUACCGCCGGAUCAACAGCCCUGAAUCUGAGCGCCUGUCUGCAGCCGAGGGCCGCGCCGACGCCUAUGGACAGAGGUCCCGGUUGGACAUGCUCGGGUCUCCGUCCCGUCACGUCUACUCCUCCCAGCCGGCCCAGAUGCUGUCUGUGGACCCUGGUUGCCGUGGAGACCGGCAGGCCAGCGGGCGCCAGGAGAUGUCGGUGGCGUCGGUGGACCAGGAGGCGCACAGCAACGCCUUCAUCCGCUCGGUGCCGCUGGCCGAGGAGGAGGACUUCGACAGCAAGGAGUGGGUGAUCAUCGACAAGGAGGCGGAGCUCCGAGACUUCCAGCCAACCACGUCGGGGACCACGGACGAGGAGCCCGAGGAGCUCCGCCCCCUGGAGGAGCAGGAGGAGCGCCGGAGGCUCAGGGCCGCAGGAGGCGAGCUGGUGGUCCGUCCUAAGACCCACACCCGGGACAACAGCCGCGGGAUGCUAACGCUAACGGAGGAGGAGGCGUCGCGGAGGAGUGGCGGCAGCCCCGCCCAGUCGCCCUGCCACUCGCUGCCGUCGGGACGCCCCCGCCGGAGAGAGUCGGACCCCAUCGGACCACACAGACCGGUAAGAGACACAGCCAGCCAAUCAGAGCCCAUGUUGGCGGACAGAUGAGGAAGUGGGCGGCCGCUGUACAGGGCGGUUAGCGCU